AUGUUACUCAACGCUGAAACAGCCAUAUCCACCACCAAAGUUUUACUUGUCCCAUACUCAAAAUGGCAUGUACCCCGAUACCACGAGUGGAUGCAAGAUAAGGAAAUCCAAGAAGCAACCGCUUCAGAACCACUAUCAGUUGAAGAAGAAUAUGAAAUGCAACGCAGCUGGCGUCAAGAUGCAGAUAAACUGACAUUCAUCGUUUGUCAACCCAUAGCAUCAUUAUCAGCAUCGAGAGUCUCGGCAUCCCUUCAACUUGACAGUGAGGAUGACUCGUCUGAGAGAAUGAUAGGUGAUAUUAAUCUCUUCCUGCGCGUCGAUGACGGCGAAGAUGGAGAUGCACCACCUGAGAUAAUCGGUGAGAUUGAACUCAUGAUCGCCGAGAAGGUGAAUCAGCGACGAGGGUUUGGGAAGGCGUCUCUACUUGUCUUCUUGCGGUAUAUUAUCCAGCGACAGGCAGGCAUUUUGGAAGAGUUCGUCAAGAGUGUUGAUGUGCAGGUGGUAGAGAAGUUGAAGGCUGCUGGGACUUCGGGGGUUGGACUCGCUUGUCUAAGUGUGAAAAUCGGACAGACUAAUAGGCGUAGUCUGGCUUUGUUCGAAGGCUUGGGAUUUGCAAAGGUUUCCCCUGAGCCGAACUUCUUUGGUGAGUUUGAACUUCGGCGGAUGGACUUGACUAUGGAGUCUGUAGAUGAGGCACUAAGGGUUUCUGAGGUUGAUGGAUAUGUUGAGAUGAAGUAUCUACGGAAAUAA